AUGUCUUCCAACGACGAGGUCGACGGCUGGGUUGCCCAGCUCAUGCAGUGCAAGCCCCUCAGUGAAACCGAGGUCAAGAAGCUCUGCGACAAGGCCCGCGAGGUCCUUAUGGAGGAGUCCAACGUGCAGCCCGUCCGCUGCCCCGUGACGGUGUGCGGUGACAUUCACGGCCAGUUUCACGACCUGUCCGAGCUGUUCCGCAUCGGUGGCAACUCGCCCGACACCAACUACCUGUUCAUGGGUGACUACGUUGACCGUGGCUACUACUCGGUGGAGACGGUGACGCUUCUUGUGGCACUCAAGCUGCGUUACCGUGACCGUGUGACUAUUCUGCGUGGUAACCACGAGUCGCGCCAGAUCACCCAGGUGUACGGUUUCUACGACGAGUGUCUCCGCAAGUACGGCAACGCCAACGUGUGGAAGUACUUCACCGACCUGUUCGACUACCUCCCCCUCACCGCUCUUAUCGACAACCAGAUCUUCUGUCUCCACGGUGGUCUUUCGCCGUCGAUUGACACCCUCGACCACAUUCGCUCGAUCGACCGUAUCCAGGAGGUGCCCCACGAGGGUCCUAUGUGUGACCUUCUUUGGUCCGACCCCGAUGACCGUUGCGGUUGGGGUAUCUCCCCCCGAGGCGCGGGUUACACUUUCGGCCAGGACAUUUCCGAGGCGUUCAACCACAACAACGGCCUCACUCUUGUUGCCCGUGCACACCAGCUUGUCAUGGAGGGCUUCUCGUGGUCGCAGGAGCGCAACGUUGUCACCAUCUUCUCGGCUCCCAACUACUGCUACCGCUGUGGUAACCAGGCAGCCAUCCUCGAGGUCGACGAUGCGCUCAAGUACACCUUCCUCCAGUUCGACCCUGCGCCGCGCGCUGGCGAGCCCCUCGUCUCGCGCAGGCCGCCAGACUACUUCCUGUAA